AUGGGCAGCACACCAACACCAAGAUGUAUUAUUGUUAGACAUGGUCAGACCGAAUGGUCAAAAUCUGGUCAAUAUACAGGUUUGACCGAUCUGGCAUUAACACCGUUUGGUGAAGGGCAAAUGCGUAGAACAGGAAAAUCUAUUUUCCAGAACAAAUUCAUUGAUCCAGAUCACAUCACAUAUGUCUUCACUUCACCAAGAACGAGAGCGAGACAGACGAUUGGGUUUGUGUUGGAAACGCUUACAGAGCAGCAGAGAUCGAAGAUCCGGGUCGUUGUGGAUGAAGAUUUGAGGGAAUGGGAGUAUGGUGACUACGAGGGUUUAUUGACCCACGAAAUCAUUGAGUUGAGAAAAUCCAGAGGAUUGGACAAAACAAGGCCAUGGAAUAUCUGGAGAGAUGGUUGCGAAAAUGGUGAAACUACACAACAAAUUGGAUUGAGAUUGUCUAGGGUUAUUGCCAGAAUUCAGAACCUACACAGAAAGCAUCAAGCAGAAGGAAUCGCCUCCGAUAUCAUGCUCUUUGCUCAUGGACAUUCAUUACGUUACCUGGCUGCAUUGUGGUUCAAGCUAGGUGUAGAGAAAAAAUGCGAAACUGACUGGGAGAAAAGUGAACUCAAGACCUACAACGAUGACACUGUUCCAUACAUUGCACUUGAUAAAUACCGUCAUUUGAUUGAUAAUCCAAACUUUCUAUUGGAUGCAGGCGGAAUUGGUGUUCUGUCGUAUUCUCAUCAUAACAUCGAUGAACCUGCUUUAGCCCUAGCUGGUGCUUUCGUCCCUCCAGCAGAGGAAGAGUCUCAGCACGGUGAUGUACCAAACGUAUAA